AUGAAGGCGUUCCAGCUUUGCUUCUAUCUGCUGGGCACUGCCCCCGCAGCAUUGGCACACGGCCUGCAUCACAAUCAUGCUCAUGCUCAUGAUCAGGCGCAAGGCGCUGUGAUUUUGAAGCAAGAAUCCGUCUUUUACUCGCUGGUCCACUUUCUGCAGGACAAGGUGUUUGUCCUGGGACCCCGCUAUAACGCCUUAUUGGCCAUCCUGAUCAUACAGGUCAUGCCGUGCCUCUUCGUGCUGUUGGUCCCCGGACUGCGCAGAAACGAUCCUGCCAGCGUGACACUGCCCAUGCUGGUCUCGUUCUCUCUGGGGACACUACUGGGCGAUGUCUUAUUGCAUGUCAUUCCCGAGAGCCUCAGCGGUGCAGGCGAUGUCACGACAGUCGGGGCUGCUAUAUUUCUGGGGUUUAUCUGCUUCCUGUUCCUGGACAAGACGAUGCGGAUACUAUCCGGAGCCUCCAGCGACGACAGUGGCAUGCACUCUCACUCCCACAGCCACGCUCACCAGAAUCAGGACCCAGAGAAGAAGAAGAAGGGCUUCAACAUGUCUGCGUAUUUGAACGUCAUAUCGGGCAUCGCCCACCACAUCACAGACGGCAUAGCGCUGGCGUCGUCGUUCUACAGCUCCACACAAGUCGGCAUAGUGACGAGCAUAGCCGUUACUUUCCACGAGAUCCCUCACGAGCUGGGCGACUUCGCUGUCCUGCUUUCCAGCGGGUUUACGUUCCAACAAGCUAUAAGGGCCCAGGCGGUGACCACAUUCGGUGCCGUCGUUGGCACGGCCAUCGGUUGCUGGAUCAACGAAAUCGGGAACCCCGGCCACGAUUCAGCAUCCGCAUCGGCUGGCGUUUCUGAGCUCAUGUUGCCAUUUACUGCCGGUGGCCUCAUCUACAUCGCCACCACCAGCGUCGUACCGCAGAUUUUGCAGCGUUCCACCCCUCAUGGCAAGUGUCGGGAGUUCAAGCGGUGGAUAUUGCAGCUGGCCUCCAUUUUUGUAGGAUUUGCCGUUAUGGCGCACUUGGACGAGCAUUGA